CCUGUUGGAUUUUUAAUCUUUAACUUUCUUGACAAUUUAUUUCUAGGAGUGUUUGGUCGAUUGAUGUAUGUGUGUCUGGAAGUUGUGUGGUUUUGUUUUUAUGUGAUGAAGGAGUUUGAAUUGCCCGUUUGAACUGUGAAUGUGGUUGUAGCAGUACGUGUACGUUCUUGUGCAUGGCGGGUGUGUGUGCUGCAGUGAGUGAGUAAGAGAGUGUAGGUGUGCGUGGGUGGCCGGGAGCAGUGAGGGCUGUCAGCUGUGUUUUUGCGAUGCAUUAGCCAGGACAGUUCGGUGCUCUACUUCACCGUAGGGGCUGUUGCUUCUGCAGACUCCAGUCCCUGUUCCAGGUGGGAAACUGAAGCACUUAAACGCACCGGUAGUAUCCUGGGCACAGCCCACUGGGCACAAGCAUGGUGGGGCAUGCUCAGCUGCCUGAAAACUUUACCAUGGUUGUGAUAACCCUUCCUCACCCUGCCCUAGAGGUUGGUGAGGACCCAGACGGGCUGGAUAGGCACUCAAAUGGUGAUGUGCAGUGCAGCAGAUGCUGCAGGCCAGACAGGAAGCUCCCAGGGGCUGGAGCUACCCAGGCAGCCAAGCUCCGCCCUCCCCACAGCUACAGACAAAGGUGAACUCGAGGUCUCUAAGGAUAACGGUGUACGUUGCUAACUGGGUAACAAGCCUGACUCUCUGUGACAGCCGAAAGCUCUGUCACACCCAGAGAACAGGGCCCGGUUGUCCUAAAUGUGAGCCCGUUGAGGGACUCACCAUGGAGAGAGGGGGCACCGCAGGACCCAGACUUGUGCAGUCAGCCCAGCUGUAACCGAAUCUGAUAUUUCUUUGGCCUUUGUUUGCUUCUCCCUGCCUCCCGCCUCCUUCCCUUCUUUUUCACUUUGCUCUUCCCGAGCUGCUACUUUCAGCUCCGAGGUAAUAUCGUCUCCCUCCAUCCCUUUGCAUUAGUAGGCAAUUUUUUUUUCUGGUAUGACCAUUACAGAAAUGUAAUCGCUUUAGUUUUUUCCCCUUCUGUUUAAUCCCUGGGUGGAUUUUUCUUUUGGCAGGUUACAGGCAGAGGUUGACAUGAUAAGAAUGGACCCAUGAGAGACGGGGUCAAAAGCGUCAUGCUUUUACUUCUCUGAUUGGUUCUCUGAUCCUGCCCUGCAAUGUGAGGUCACAGCAGACUUGUGCCAUUUGGACCUGCCCCUUCAAGUCAGCUGUGCAGAGAGGAUGCGGUUUACAUGAGUUUCGUGUUCUUUCUGGAUCCCCGAGGGAGACCGUUUUGGGCAGCGCAGUCUUCCUGCCACACCAAUAUCCCAUUCGCGCAAGUGGGUGGAAACCGUUAAGCUAUGCGGGGUAAUUUAGACAAGUGUGCCCCAAAAUUUGCGAGUGAUGUUUCUUCAUUCGCUGACUUUGAUCGAUAUGCCUCGUCAGAGAGCCUGUAGGCCAACAACAAAGGAGAACACAGUUAACCGCGUAAGUGACACUGGCAGGAAACCGAAUUAUGGCGUCGCAGUGCUAAUGAGAUAAUCGCUCAACGGCUGAGUUUCUGAUUAGUGAAGAGAUGAGGCAAAAAGGUGAAAAGCUGCAGUCUGUAGCAAGAAGCGGCGACGCCAAACCAUGCUGCUGCCUCGCAGGCCACAAGCCCCGAGAAUAUGCAAUGCGUAACGGUGACCAUACUCCGAGGAAAGGAUGGCUACGGAUUCACCAUCUGCUCUGACUCCCCCGUGCGAGUCCAGGCUGUUGACCCAGGCGGUCCGGCGGACCGGGCAGGGCUGCGCCAGCUGGACACGGUGCUGCAGCUGAACGGGCAGCAGGUGGAGCGGUGGAAAUGCGUUGACCUGGCGCAUGCCAUCAGAAACAGCCACAGUGAAAUCACGGUGGUGGUUUGGCGCACUGCGCUGGCGGCCAAGCCGGCCUUUGAAGGCCUCAUCCAUAGACCAUCCUACAAGCCCUCGGGCCAUGAGCCCUCCUUGCCCCCCACCCAAAGGUGGGACAAGACUCUGCCUGUGCCCCCACUCCCAGGCCAGCACCGGCAAAGCCGCCGCAUGCCGGCAAAUGGCACGGAGGGCAAGGGCGGCCUGUGGGGUUCCUGGCGGGAGCGGAGGAACGAGCCGGACGACAAGGGCAGGUCACAGACCCUGAAGGGUGCCCGAGUGACCUCGCCACCAGGGGACAAGAAUUACAUCAUCCUGGCCCCCAUCAACCCCGGGAGCCAGAUUCUGCGGCCUGUGUAUCAGGACCGGAUCAGCACAUUGGGGCGGAUGUAUCAGACAUAUCAAACCAGCAGCCAUCAGCAGGGCAGCGCUACCCAUGAGAGCUCCGGGUUCCCGGGCAGGACAACAUUCCUGCGGCGGUCGACUGGUAGCAAAACGGCCAGGACUCUGCCCACCCCUGCAGGCCACCAACAGAACUGCAACUACGCCAACUACCAGAACUGCACCGUCGUCCACUCUCACCUGCCCCACGGCAGUUACGGCACUUACGUCAAGCUGGCACCCAAGAUACUCAUCUUUCCCAUUUUCGUCCAGCCCCUGGACCUGUGCAACCCGGCACGGACUCUGUUAGUGACCGAGGAGAUGAUCUUACAUGAGAGCAAACACCUGUCAAUCAAGGUGACAGUGUUCAUCUACACUGACCUGAUGCUGGUCACCAGGGAGGAUGAGCCAGGCCGCUGUAACGUGCUACAGAACCCCCUCUUCCUCAAGCACCUCCGGCUGCGCGAAGAUCCCACAGAAGAGCUGAAGUUCUAUAUCAUCCACAUGACGGAGAAGUGCGAUUGCCUCCUCAGCCUGGAGGCCUACUCAACUGAGCAGAAGAGGAGGGUCUACCAGUGCUUGGAGGAUCACAUUGAGAAGCAGUUGCAGCACCGUGAGGUCCCAACCACCCUUGAGAAGAUGCUGGAGCCCAAGGCCAGAGAGCAGCCUGAGAUGGAGCUCCAGAAGAGGCCAGAGGACGAACAGUCCCCGGGGGCCAGCCCCUCGGAGCCCCCCACCCCGGGGAGUCUCACACUCGUGGACCUGACUGUCCAGGAGGAGGCCUGCAGCCUCCCACGGGAGGAGACAAAGAUACCGACCAUACUUCUGAGCGGGGAGCCGAGGGCGAUUUCCCCGGCCGUCGAGGGGUGGGGAGGCAAGAAUGAAGAGGGAGGUGAGCCAGAGGAGGUGAAAGAGACAGGAGGCGAGGAUGAGGAGGGGACAAAGGAAGGGGCCGAGGACAAUGGCUCGGAGUUGGCCGACACUGGAGCCCCACCCUCUUCCUCCUCCUCGUCCUUCAUCAUCCCCGAGCUGCGCCUGGACCGUUCCUUCAGCGCCGAUGCGCUCUCCUCGCCGGCCACCGAUGGGGACGGCGACUUCGGGGAGGAUGAGGAGGAUGAGGAGGAUGACGAGGAGGAAGAGGAUGAUGAGGAAGAGGACAGCGAUGACAACUACCUGGAGGACCGCAGUGGCGCUGGGCGGUUGGGCGGCGUGGGGGAAGCGGCCACAAUCGCACGGCUGGGCGGAGGCAGCGGCGGCCCCAGCGCUCAGGGCUCCCUCCGGCGGCGCACACACAGCGAGGGCAGCCUCCUGCAGGAGCCACGCACCUCCUGCUUUGCCUCCGACAAUGCCAUCAACUGCCUGGAGGUGGCUGACCCCGCCCACAAGGCCGGCUGGACCCUACCGUCCCCCCGCACCCUCAAGAGGGAGCUCACCAAGAACGGCGGCUCUGUGCAUCAGCUAUACAUGCUCUUCUCCAGGAGGAAGCUCAGCGGCGGAUCCGAGGGAAGUUACGAAGACAGUCCAGACGGCACCAAGAAGAAGAGGAAGCCCAAGAAUUUGGCCAAAGAUAUGAAGAACCGGCUUCCGUUCCUGUGGAAGAAGAAUGAGUCCCCAGGAAGCUGUCCAUCUGGAAAGACGGACAAAGCCAUGAAGUCAGUCAAGCCUGCACCGGAGGAGGCGCUGAAAUGGGGCGAGUCUCUGGACAAGCUGCUGGCCAAUAAAUAUGGAUUGGCUGCCUUCAGAGCGUUCCUGCGCACAGAAUUCAGUGAGGAGAACCUGGAAUUCUGGUUAGCUUGCGAGGACUACAAGAAAAUCAAGUCACAGUCCAAGAUGACCUCUAAAGCCAAGAAAAUCUUUGCAGAAUACAUCGCUAUCCAGUCCUGUAAAGAGGUUAACCUGGACUCGUACACACGGGAGCACACCAAGGAGAACCUGCAGACCUCGUUGCGGUCAUGCUUCGACCUGGCCCAGAAGAGGAUUUAUGGCCUCAUGGAGAAAGACUCGUACCCCCGCUUCUUGCGCUCAGAACUUUACCUGGACCUUGUGAACCAAAAGAAGUCCAUGUCGACGUCGUCUUCAUCGUCAUAGAAGAAAAAAAAACUGAGAAAAUGAAGGGGACAGAGACUCAGAGAAAAAAAUGCAGGGGAUUGAGUUCAUUUAGCGUUUAGUUUUAUUUCUCCAUCCCGUCUACUACGACUCGAGAAGUUCGAGUUGGCUUUCGGAGAAGGAAUGCCACAAUGUUUACACAAAGCGCAACAGAGAGCAGCCCCGUCCCGGCAGGCGUGCGGGGGCUGGGGUGUGGAGAGACUAAUCCGGCCGGCUGGCCCGGGGUUCAGGGGGUCAGGCCUCCGCCAUCACUGUUAGUGGUUUUUUUAAGUUCCCCCAAGUGCUGGAGGAUGGACUAACAGGUCCCAGAGACAUGGACUGCAUUACUGCUCCUUUUUCCCCCAGCUGCCGCCCCCCCCCUCGUUCAUUCUCGUGGAUCCUGCAAAAUGUUGUUGGUACGACAAAGGGGUGCAUCCCCCCCCCCCCCCCGCCACACACACACACACAUUUCAGAGCGAUGCCCUCACCCCAGUGGUCGGCACGGCCUUUGGAUUUUUUCGUCAGCCUGUUUUAUUUACCUCUCUUCUUUUUAUUUGCUAUCAAAGUUUUCCUUCGAUUCCCUCCACCUUUGCCAUUCCUUUUUUGAGGGGGGGAUCGUUCUCCCUGCAUUCGUCCAAAGAAUAAGGCGAAAAAAGCAAGCGCUGGCAGUCUGAUACAACGGAGGGAGAAACCCACCCCCCUUCACCCCCCCCCCCAAACAUCUUAGAAGGACCUGCUGCCCAUCUCCAAAGACUGUAAAAUGCUUUAUUUGAGUUCUGUAGAGCCAAUAACCGACUCAUUGUAGCUACUCCUUGACUGGAUGAGACAAUAUUCUCAGGACAUCAAAGCACUCAACUAUGAAGUUUGUUUUUUUCGUUUUCUUUCAUACAUUAGAAACGUUUGCUUUUUUUUUUAAUCACUUCUGGGUUAUAAGCCUUCACUCCACUCAUAUGCAGAGCAGAACAGUCGGUUGCUCUAUUUAUGAGAAAAAGGCGCUUUAUCUGUACAGAGGUAUUUAUUUAGAGACGUUAUUGCAGAAUUCUUAACACGUUGCACUUGGCCGAAACCCACCCCCUCCCCCCCCCAAUCAUUACCCAGCCGUAACCACAUCCACUGCUGUCUGGAUUUAAAGUGCAAUAUGUUUGUUUUUCUUUGGAUAAGUUUCCGUUGUUUUCUUUUUAUUUUUUUAUUAUGAAAUGGACGACGGAUUAAACUCUGUGUUACUUUUUGUUUGUAAGAAUUGUUACAGAUUCUGCUGGUCGACUAACUCGUUUAAAUUAAGAGAGAACGUGAAGAAGGCAAGCUUGGAUUCCCUGGCAGCAGGCAGCCGGGGUUCGAUGUAAAUAUCAUUCUUAAAAAAAAUGAGAGAGACAAAAUGAAAAAAAAAAAAACACAAAGGUUGCGUUAAUGUAACAUGAGAAUAUGGUUGUACCUAUGUAAAUACGAGAGAAAAAACUAUUAAAGAAUGUGUAUUGUUACAAAUGAGGAGGUAAGGUUUUGCUCUUCCUGGGCAUACGCUGCUUGUAAGGAGUUUUAUUAAAUGUAUUUUAUCAUUUUCACUGUUUACAGACCAGUGCAUCUCCUACAAAAUCGCAAGCGACAUGGUGUCAUCAGUGAUGGAAAAUAAAGGAAGCAGCUUAUAUUAAAGUGA